AUGGCAUCCAUCUCAAUCAACGCCCCGGGCCUGAGCAACGGCCUCUUAUAUAGCAACGGCGACAACAAUGCACGACUUUGCAUUACGGCCGAGACGGACGAAUUUGACGUCGAGAUCAUCAAAGAUUGGCAGGAAGAGGGCUUCGACGUGGUGUAUUUACCGUUGAACGAUGGCGGCAAGGACUAUGAGGCUCGUCUGCGGAGUGUCAAGGAGGGACUAGGUGUAGGCGAGAACUACGGAAUCAUCGCAUUCGGAGAAGCCGCCAGCUAUUGUCUCGAGUAUUAUACAAAGGGUACAAACUGCAGCAGACUCUGCUGUCUAAUCGCAUACUACCCCACCGUCAUUCCCGACACACGCUGUCGCUUCCCGCUCGGCCUCGAAGUCCUCGUCCACCUCGCCGGGACAAGCAUCGACGUCGUGGCCGUCCCCACUGCGCUUGGAAUCCAGGGCAAGAAGCGCCGCACUACACGACCCCUCCAACCCGGCAUUGGGACAGGCGAGCGUCUGAAACUGGCAUACCCGACUUUCACCUACGAUCACGCACAGCCGGGUUUCGGGGAGAGCGACAUGGAAGAGUUCAACCACUUAGCCGCCGAUCUCGCCUGGACACGAACAAUCAAAGCAGUGCGCAAGGGCUUCGCGCGCGACACAGACCUGGAAAAACGCUGGGAAGAUCACCAGGAGAGUAAAUUCUUCGCGACAAACCUGCACAACACAAUGGACGGCUACGUCACGCACAAGACCCCAGCCGUAACCUACACCUCAACACUAAGCGGCGGCAUAGGCGCGCAGUCCCUCCGCCGCUUCUACGAGCAGUACUUCCUCGGCAAAUUGCCGCCCUCCAUGCGCAUCCGGCUCCUAUCCCGCACAACAGGCGCCGACCGAAUCGUGGACGAGCUCUACAUCUCAUUCCAGCACACGCAGGAAAUCCCCUGGUUGCUGCCCGGCAUCCCGGCGACGGAGAAGCGCAUCGAGAUCAUCCUCGUCAGCAUAGUCAGCUUGCGGGCUGGACGGUUGUAUUCCGAGCAUGUGUAUUGGGACCAGGCGAGUGUACUUGUGCAGGCCGGUCUUUUGGAUCCGAAGCUUGUCCCGGCUGGAUUCCAGGGCGUGGACAGGUUGCCUGUUGUUGGGCGGGAGGCGGCGCGCAGAAUCUUGCAUGAGGAUCCGGAGGUGGAGCAGGAGGAUUAUCAUAAUCGGAUGAUUCGGAGGGCGAAUGCGAGGGCGAGGAGGGAGCGUGGGGAGCGGGCUUCGACUGUUGCGGAGAGCGAGGCUGAGAUGGGGGAUGUGGGGAAUGAGAGGGGGGAUAAGGGGAAGUCGGUUUUGCCGAGGAGGCCUGCUAAGUUGGGGCCUAAGGGGACGGCGAAGAAUGGGAAUGGGAAUGGCAAUGGCAAUGGGAAUGGGAAGAGUGAGGAUGCGGGUGAGGAGGAUGAGGGGGCGGCGACGGAGACUGAGUCCACGACGUUGUCUAAGCAGGAAAAUGGGGAGCAUAAGGCUUAUGUGGAAGAAGCUGGAGGUAAUGAGGAGGAACAGUCUUAG